AUGGUGAACGGGACUGCGGCGGUGUUAGAGCCCACAUUUACAGGGUAUGUGGCGACCACACAAGAUGCGCUGAUUCUCUUCGAAGCAUGCUUGACAGGUGUCUUGCAUCAUGUUCCUCGUCGACCACAUGAUCGAGAGCGGAGUCAUCUGGUUCGCAGUGGGAGUGUCUUCAUUUACGAGGAGAACUCAUCAGGGAUCAAACGAUGGACUGACGGAGUCACCUGGAGUCCCAGUCGAAUCUUGGGUAAUUUCUUGGUCUAUCGCGAGCUCGAUAAACCAUUCCCGCCCGGUGAGAAGAAGCGCGCCAUGAAGAAGGCCAAUCGACGGCCGGUGCCGCCCACCCGACCUGGAGAGCCUUAUCCACGACACGACAGCAACGGUCAAAGUUAUUCCCCGACAUCCCCCCCUGCGGCAUUUGGAGAUCGUCCACAUCAGUCGGAGGUGGAGCGCGCGUUGGUGGGAUCGCUGGUCGAUUCAUAUGGCUUCAAGGACUCGGGCUUGGUCAAGAAGACCAUGAGUGUGACCGUCAUGGGCAUUACCCACCACCUGGUGUCCUACUACAGCGUCGAUGAUGUGAUGCGCGGGGCCUUGAAUCCACCAUCCAUGGUCGAGUCUCUGCGCUACAUUCGUCCGCGCAUCGACCUUACCCAGAAACAGAGCUUCCGUGCCCCCAUCGACGACCUGGAGUCGAACGCGAUGGAGAGUGCAGCCCAUGACCCUUCACACGCCGCCCUCUACGGAUACCGCCCACAGAUGAUGGCUCCGCCGACCUAUGGAAUGCCGAAUCCUUCGGCCGAUUUCUACAUGCACCCCAACCAUUAUGCCGCUACCCACGCCCCGCAGCCGGGCCCCAUAGCUGGAUACUCCAUGGGCGGCUCCAUGCCCGGCCAACCAGCCCCAAACCCAUAUCUCCCUUCACCCGCCGUGGCAGCCGCAAUGGCCCCGAAGCAAGACGACUACCAUGCAUUCCGUGCCGGUCCAUACGGGGGAAGCAUGGAUUCCAUGAGCCACAGCCUGUCCUCGUCCAUCCCUGGAGGAAUGAAUGCUAGCAUGUCUAGCUCUCUCAGCGAGCGCAAUCGAUCAACAUCCGAUCAUAGCCCUUCGGCCUACCGCAACUCCUCAAUCUCCUCUCGAAGCGUCGCAACCGACGCCACCUCCCCCAUGGACCCCUCGACGCCAGCCACGUAUUCACGAGGCAGCUUUGGCCUCCCCAACCACAUGGAUAACUCUCAUCUUGAUUCUCGCGGCAUCGGCCCUCUCGAUCCAAAUGUACCACGUCGCGAAUCUAAUCCCGUUCAUCCCUACUACACCCCCGAUCGUUCGCAAUACUACGUCGGUGCGGGAGCUCCUGUUAACCACACCCACUAUGCGGCCUGGACAACCACCGCUCCAGCCCAACCCCAAAUCUAA